GGGCUUAGCUGCAGAAACCGGAAAAACAAGCUGUCUUCAACAGAUCAGGGGCCGAUCGGUUGAAUUUAGCUUUCACCGAUAAGAAAUGGCAGGUUUGACCAGAGACCACAACCACAGGACAGCUGGAAAUUGUGAUUCAGAUUCGGCAGUCAACCUACAGACACCAGUUUUGCGCAUCAGCCAGCUGGAUGCCCAUGAGCUGGACUCGGCCCUUGAGCAAUUGCUGUGGACCCAGUUUACCCAGUGUUUCCAGAACUGCCCCCCAGGGGUGCUCACUCCGGUGGAGCCUGAACUGAAAGCUCUACUCUAUCUGCUGCUAUGGAGGUUCACUCUUUAUUCUAGCAGUGCCACAGUAGGUCAGUCUUUACUGAGUCUGCGCUAUCAAAGCACAACAGUAUCUUCACACUACAAGCCACUGUCUUCUCGUCAGAAGUUAGGUCUUGCCUUACUUACUCUCGUCCCUCGUUGGCUGCAGGAGCGUUCCUACAGGCUCAUUUCAUAUUUCGGUUUAAGCGCAAGAGGGGCUUUGUCAGAAAUGGAUGAUGGAUUGCUCCAGCGAGGUCUUCGAAAAGCCCUGGUUCUCGUUUCUGGUCUGGCAAAGUUUGCAACCCUUGUAAACUUCCUUGUUUUCCUAAGGAACGGCCGUCACCCUGUCCUAGCUGAAAGAAUCGCAGGAGCCCAGACAGUUUUCAGUAAACCCAAUGUGGUUCGAGAUGUAAAUUACCAGUACAUGAACAGGGAACUGCUUUGGCAUGGCUUUGCGGAGUUCCUCAUCUUCCUGUUACCACUGGUCAAUUUAAGGAAACUCAAAAGUACUGUUUUAUUACAUGUGCUUGGGGGAAAAAGUUCCAAUGAAGAAGGAGCAAGGAUGCCACAAGAUGUGUGGAAAUACUGUGGACUAUGUGGAGAAUGGCCAACAAUGCCUCAUACAGUGGGAUGCGGGCAUGUUUUUUGCUACUACUGCAUAAAAAGCCACAGCAUUGCAGACCCUUACCUUUCAUGUCCACAAUGUGGGGCAGAAGCAGGGACACCUAAGAUGUUCGAGAUCAAGAUGCAGGUUGGAGGCAGGUGACGGUUUCAUCCAGCUAAACGGGAAUUCUUUAAAACCUCUCGUGAAUGAAAUGGAUACUUAAGGAACGUUUCAAUGACAUAUUGUUAAAAUGUGUUAGAUUGGCCAUAUCUUAUGUUCUGCAGAUAACUCUAACCAUCGUCAUCUUCCAAAAAAAUACACAUUAAUUGGGCCCUGUGGCUAAAGGCUUUGACCAAAGUAGACCUCUAUUAGCUUAAUACAGCCUAAGUAGAAACCGCAUAGCCUUCUUUGGCAACACUUCAUAAAAGGCUCAAACCAAACAUCGGUUUGGUUUACAUUUAAGACUGGAUUGCCGCCAGAGAUACCGAAGUGGCUUAAAUAAGAAAGAAAUACAAACUAAUGGAUUUGUAUGUGUCUUUUAUAUCAGUUACUUUGAUUGGAAACACUAAGAUAAUUGGUUCUUACUAAGAGUUAGAUAUAUAUAAAGAUCCUUAACCUGCUUCGUAUUUAGAGAAUGGAUUCACUUCAAGUCAACAGAAGUCUACUUUGAUAUCGGCCUCUAUCAGAUGAACCAUUUUCUUCACAUCCAAAAUCCAUCUUAUUUAGAUUUAUACAAAUUGGGAUGUUAUGAAAUGUAGUUAUGCUGGUAUUUUUUUAUUACUGUCAACCUUUCAACACAUGGUUUUAAAAAUGAUUGAAUGAUCCCUUUAAACGGGAAACAGAAAUGGAAACACAAAUGGGUGGAGACAGUAAAUUCUAAACAAAUAAGCUGUCAGUUCUCACUAUUUGCUCUUUUUUUCAAAUAUUUAGCCAUGUAUGACUUCAUGAUAGAACUUUUAUUAUGUCUUUUCUGAGCACACAGUCAUCUUUUAUGUUUAAUGUGUGUGCAUAUAUUGACAGUCUUCUGUGCCCUCUGUUUCUUUGGCUGGACUUUGGGUAGAAUUAUUUGUCUUUGGUGCACUGGACAGACUGCAGAGUACGACACAGAGCAUAUAUUUGAUGAGUGAAUGUGUUGAUUUAUGCUCCAAAUUGGCUCUGUGAUGGGGCGCGUGGAUGUGUGUGUGUGUUUGUUGAAAUGGAAAUAUUUGUUCUGAUGAAAAAUGCAGAAAGUCAGCUGAAUAAAUAAUGGGAAGAAUUUCUGAUGCCUCUCAUCAUGGCCAAAUUAGCAUUUGUUGUGUAUUUUGUGCCUAAAUUGUAUUUCAACAUCAUUAAAAUUGAUAGAGCACUA